AUGUCUUUUAAUAAUAAUUUUGAACACUUACAAGUUAUUACACCUACCUUUGAACAAACUUUCAAAUGUGAUAAAAACACGCAUCCUCUUUGGAGUUACUUUACUGAAACUUUAGAUAAAAAAAAUAUCCAAUGUAACCUGUGUUCUACGAAAUAUGGUUUAAAAACUGGAAUUAGUACAGUCAAACGGCACUUCGAAAGUGGUUUCUUGGCUGAAAUGAUUUUUAAAUUAAUUGAAGAAUUUGGUCUUGGAAAAAAACUUCUGUCAAUAACUGCUGAUAAUGCUAGCAACAUAGAUUGUUGUGGUCAACAUCUUGCUAGUAUGUUGGACUUUUAUUAUGGCAAUACUUCUUUUUGCAGAUUGCGAUGCGCUGCUCAUAUACUUAAUCUCGCCGUCAUUAACGGUUUAUCUGUAAUUAAUAAGUUAACUAAAAAAGCACAAGAAUUUGCAAGCUGCAUUCGCUGUUCCCAACCCUGUCUUAAAGAAUUAAAAAAAAUUUUUGCAAUGAAAGAAAUAACAGAUAUUUUAGUUGUUUCAAUGCCAAAUCUUAAACAACAAUAUAUGAAUAAUCAAGAUUGGGAUAAUAUUAAAGCCGUAAUGACAUUGCUAGAACCUAUUUAUGAAGCUACCAAUUUACUUUCCUCUUCAACCCACCCAACCAUCGGAGACGUGCAUACCAUUUUCUUUGUAAUUAUUACCCAUCUUACUGAAGCUAAAAAUGAAGAAAAUUUGAUGAAAUCAUGUAUUUCGAUAAAAAUUCUUGAAAAACUUAAUAAAUAUUGGAACAAAUUACAAUCUGCCCUUUCAGAAUCAGUAUUGCUUGAUCCAUCAUUCAAAUUUUCUUCUUUUCGUUCUGGUUCUGAAAAAAAACAAUUUGCUCAAGCAACUAGUAUUUCAAGCGAACAGGCCUUUUCACUUGCCAAGCAUACAAUAAAUGCAGUGCAAAAUCAUUUGGAUGAUGAAAAGGUUCGUGAUAGCUUCUGUCUAAAAACAUGGUAUGAUGCAGGAAUAGUAAAAAAUAAUUUUGAACUUUCAGAUUAG